AUGCACAAUGUAGUGCACAUUGAUGAGAAGUGGUUUUUCAUGACUAAGACUACGGAUAGAUACUACCUGCUGCCAGAUGAAGAAGAGCCAUAUAGAUCAUGUAAGUCAAAGCGAUUCAUCACGAAGGUCAUGUUUAUGUGUGCUGUGUGUAGACCAUAUAUUGCAGAAAAUGGAGAAGUCAUAUUUGAUGGAAAAAUGGGCAUUUUUCCAUUCACUACUAAAGAGCCAGCAAAGAGAGGUUCCAAGAACAGACCAAGAGGCACCUUAGAGACAAAGCCCAUUCAAUCAGUGAACAAGGAAGUCAUGAGAGAAUGCCUCGUUCAAAAGAUCAUACCAGCAAUCAAGGCUAAAUGGCCAGAGAAUAUAAGCAAGGAGAUAUUCAUUCAACAAGACAAUGCCAGGCCACACAUAAACCACAAUGAUGCAGAAUUUCAAGCAGUAGCAAACACAGAGGGUUUCAAAUUCCAUAUCAUUUGCCAACCACCUAAUUCCCCUGAUUGUAAUGUGUUGGAUUUAGGUUUUUUCAGAGCCAUCCAGUCUAUACAAUAUGAAAAAGUGGCUAAUGGAGUGGAUGAUUUGCUGAGGAAUGUGCAAAGCUCUUUUGAUGAACUUAGUGCACAAACACUCAAUAAUGUUUUCCUAACUCUUCAAGGUUGUCUUACUGAGAUAUUGAAGGUGGAAGGGGGAAAUGGCUACAAAACUCCACACAUGAAAAAAGAAAGGUUAUCAAGGCUGGGGAUACUUCCAAUCACUUUGGAGGUUGAGGAAGAGAUUGUCAAGGCUGCUGUGGCAUACCUUCAACAACCUGAUAAUGAUGUCAGCACAUCAUAUGACAUCUCAGGUAUCAGUAGAGCUGUAGGCUUCUAA